CGGACGCUGCCCCCGCGGCGGAGGAGGGGAAGCCCCGCGGCUAUAAGCGCUCCCCGGGCCGGCGGGCGCGAAGCGGAGCGGAGGUUGCGGCUCUCGCUCGCGCGCGCAGCCAUGCCGCCGAAGAAGUACCUUGCCGCGGGCAAGAAGCGCAGCGCCGACUCCGGUGUGGAGACAGAGCGGGGCGCGCUGACCCAGGAGCAGAAGGACCAGCGGAUCAGCCUCUUCCUCAGGGGCUUCAACCAGCAGGCCAAAGACAAUCUUCAAGAAAUGAAGAAAGAAAUUGAUUCACUUAUGCAAACAGCUGAGAAAGCAUUUAGAGUGGAGUUACUGAAGAUGCCCGUUGCUGUCAGGAAAAUGAAAAGAAAAGACUUGCUUAAUUUAAAGACUCCAAGCAAUAGAGCCCUGUACUAUCAAAUCUUCUCACCAUACCUGCAAGGAGGAGAGGAAGCUGCUGUUGUAGCUGCCGCUGUUGUAGCGAAUGACUGCUCUGUAGAGGACAUUCCAAAUACCAGGCUGGUGAGGAACUGCAGCAAAAGAGUUAAGGUAACUACAAUUGUUGAAUAUAAAGAUGAGGAGAAUGUGCCUGCCAAGAAAGCAUCUCAAAAGGUGUCUAAAACAAAAUCACUGGUUUCCUUAGCUUCUGGCAUACAUCUCAAAGAAAACCACUCUCUUUCUCGAUCUGCAUGCUCUACUCCAAAUGUGAGGCAUUUUAAGGCUCCUACAUCUGAUCGCACAGCUGCAAACUAUAAAUCUGCUCCACGGGUUUCUAGAAGACUACCACAAAUAGCUGUCUCAAGAACUGUACCUGUGAAAGAAAAAGUCCAAGCCAUGUCACUAAGAAGUAACUCAGUGCCUCGGGAAAAAGCUGUUCCAUUUGUAAAUAUACCUCUGGCUGAUGGAAAGACUCUCUGUUCUGCUGGUGAAGACCUCCGUAACAUCAAUGUCGAGUUGCUUAAUGAUGACACAGUUCAGCAUAUUCAUAAUCUAGUGGUGGACACACUCUGGGAAUAAAUGAGGAACAAGUCCACGUGCAGACAAGACCUCAGGUAAAAGGGGGGGGGGACUCCUUUGGACGUCAGAAUUUUGGUACUUGUGAUCUGUCAAAACAAUCCUACAGCUCUUGACUGCCCCAUGCAAUACCAGUACAAACCAAAUGUCCAUGUCCUAAUUUGCAGUACCCCAAUAAGAUGAUCCAAGCCAUGUCAAUAAUGCCAUCUCCACCACCUCAAGAAGAAGCAUAUAACUGUCCAGAGAUGAUGUAUAAAACUGGGGUUGCAGCUGUUCUACAGCUGUGGAAGUCCUGAGAAGAUAUUACCACACAACUUGCCAUUAAUUUCAGAAAUGCAAGAUCUCCUUUUUCUUAAGUUACCUAUUUCAGAAAUUGGAGCUAUACUAUGUGAUGGUGGUAGGGCAAUGCAGUAGGGGGAAGAGGAAGAUGGAUUAGAAAAAAUCCUUAUGCUCACAGAGGGAUUGGAAAGGAGGUACAGUGAGUAGCUAGAACAGCUCAAUUUUGAUCAGUCUUAGUAACCUCCUAGGUGCUCAAAUAGAGCAGUAAUAUACAGUGUACAUAAUAAAAUAACUAUACCACAUUUCCCAGAAUAUUCUUGAAAAUGUUUCUUUAGGGUUGAAAGAGGCUUUUAAUCCCUCUGUAUGAGGUAGCAACACGCUAAACCUUGAUCUGCACUAGGAACUUAAAUCAGUAUAGUUUUAUCUCUCAAGCAUGUGAAAAAUCUGAGACGUAUAAGUAUACUGUUGUAAAUUCCUAAUGCAGACAAGAGGUCAAUAGAAUUCUUCUGUUGGAAUAGGUGCUGCCUAUUGGGGAAGUGGAUUACUUAUGCUUAUGGGAAAAUCUUGGUGUUGGUGUAGGCGUAGUUAAUGUCUACGCUGAAGGGCUAUCAAGGUGCAGCUGCAGCAUUUUUAAGUGUAGACAUACACUUAUGGUCUAGGCUUACCAAGGGUGAGUUUGUGACAGCUGGGCAAGAUAAAUAACUUGGCAUAAAUGGUGAGUAGGUCCUCAAAGUUAACACACUGUCUAUGCUCUUUAAUCCUAGUGAACCCUAAUAAGUAAUUCAGAAGAACCAAAUUACUGUCAAGUGACAUUAUCAAGCUUGUUAGGACAUUAUCCUACAACACUUAGUACUUAUCUUCAACUUGUUUCUUUUGCAAGUCAUUACCCAAAACCAUAUAAUCAAAAUGCUGCACAAUUGUUGCUAGGGAAGUAUAUGUUUACAUGUUUAAACUUGAUGUACUUAAACAAGCCUAAGCAAGUAUUAUGAACUUAAGCACUGAUGUGAGAGAAGGAGUCAUGUGCAGGUCAGUUCAUUCUACAAAAAUAGACCGCUCAUUUAAACAUAAGUAUCAUGAGUACUACUUACUUCGCUGCCUACCUCAGCACCUGGAGCUGAUCAAUACCCUUUUCAGUGCAUGGGUGGGAAUCUAGACUCUUAAAAAGCAAUCAUGUUCUAUUUCCCUAUGCUGAGUACUUGUAAUGAUGCUGCAUUAUCUUGGUUGCACUGAGUAAACAUAACAUCACUAACCUGAAAUAAGCAGCAAGAUCAUCUACAGCAGGGGUUCUCAAACUUCAUUGCACCACAACCCCGUUGUGGAGCCUGAGCCCUGAUGCCCUGGGUGGGAGGGAAAAGGGGCCACAGGCCAAGCCCUGCUGGGGGGGAAGGGGGUUGCAGCUUGAGCCCCAUUGCCCCAGGGUGGGGUGGAGCUUGGGCUUUAGCUUCAGCCCUGGGUCCCAGGAAGUCUAAUGCUGGCCCUGAUGACCCCAUUAAAAUGGGGUCAUGACCCACAGUUUGCGAACCACUGAUCUACAUUUUUAGAAUUAGGGAGAUGAGUAUUACAAUUCGAUGGAAACACAAGAAUUCAGUGGGGACUGGUAAAGCUAGUUUGUCCUGUCCUAGUUCUCUAAUCGCUCCUUCAGUAUGUACUUUGGAGGAUCCUCUUCAUCCUUCCCCCAGUGCUUUUGUUUAUCCCUUCUCUUGUCUCUUUACAGGUUCUCAAAGUAAUCUCAUUCAGAAACACCAAUUCAACCACCAUCUCUGCCUCCUGUCCAAAGUAAAAUCGCACACUGCUAUCUUAAUCUUUCUCCCCCCUCCCUGCUGCUACUUUCUUAAUCGCUGUGGACAACACCAUACUCCUGUCUGUCACCCAGGCUUAUCACAUAGGUGUCUUUCACUUGAACCGCUCUAGCUCUUUGCAUCUAAGUCUUAUUUCUUUCUGCAUAACCUCUCUAAGAGAUGUCCUUUUUAAAUCAUUCACACAGCUAAAACUCUUCUUUAAGAUCUCAUCUCAUAGCUUGAUUACUACAGCAUCCUCCUUUCUGGCCUUGACAACAUCUAACUCUGCUCAUAUUCAUUCAGAAUGAUACUGUAAAGAUCAUUUUCUUAGGCUGACAUUUUGAGCAUGUCACCUCUCUGCAUUUCUCCACUGGUUUCCUCAUCUCUGUUGUAUAAAAGAAGCUGCUUGUCUUUACUUUGAAGGCCCACCCUACCUAUCAUCUUGCCUUUGCUGUUGAGAUGUUGACUCCUGCCUCUGAUUAGCCUGUUGUACCAGCCUCCAUUACACACAUUUGAAAAUUUAAUGAGCAUGUUCAUGUUUUCUCUUAUAUUGACAUCCUAGGUGGGAGGAGCUCCCUGUGAACAUCUGCAAAACUAAUUAUUGUCCUUCUCACUGCUGUCUACAACUCAAGAACAGUUUGCUGCUAUGCUGGGGUCCUGUCACAUUGUCUUGUAUUUUUUUUUGUACUCCUGUGUCUGUCUAGCUGUUGUUGCUUCUUGUUUUGAACUUAGUCUCUGCUCCAAGGAACAAACAGUGUUUGGUUUGUACAGUGCCUCGCACAGUUCAGCCCAGGUCUUAGUGUAGGACUCCUAGCUACUGUGGGAAUAUAAAUAAAUGGAUCUACCACAAACCUAGUUUUAUACCACUGUAUUUAUAUUAAGUAGGCAUACUUUUGAAGAUAGUUUAAUCUCUGAUCCUUGAAUUUUAUUUGACUUCUGCCUACAUGAAGACAGUUCUACAAAAAAAAAAAAGCAAUGAAAAUUGAAAGUAAUGAUGUAGCAAUGGAAUUGUUCUAAUUCCCAUCUGGUGGUUUAGAUCCUAUUUCUGUAAGGCACGGAGGGGAAAUAGUGAAUGUAGUGUAGUUGUAGCUGUGUCAGUCCCAGGAUAUUAGAGAGAAGAUGGGUGAGGUAAUAUCUUAUUGGAUCACUUUCUGUUGGGGAGGGACACAAGCUUUGGAGCCCUACAGAGCUCUUCUUCAGGUCUGGGAAAGGUGCAUUUAGCUGUGAUGCUCAAAGUAAGGUGGAACAGACUGUUUAGCAUUUAAAGUAAGUAGAACAUAGUUAAGGGUCUUUUUAUGCCAAGGGUUAGGCUAAUGACCAUAUACAGUCUCUUGAAGUCUGAAAUUCUUGAAGUUCCCCAUCUUCAAUUCUGGAAGGAUGUUAAAAAAGCCUUGUUGCCACUCUAAGGACAGUGGAUUAAAGACAUAUCCCAAGACUUGCCUAAUAUCAAAGGGGCACUAAAAGCUAAGAGCUGUUAAACAAGGAACAAAAAAAUCCUUAAUUUUGAGAAUAAAUAGGAUUUGUUUUUGGAUGUCAAAGCUAUUUUUCUAGCAUCUCCAUAUUGAGAGGUGAAAUCUUUUCACACGUGUUUAAAGAUUUAGAAGGCAAGGAAUUCUAGUGUAAGAUUGAAACCACCUGUAUGCAGGCCAACCAGUUAUGUUAAUAAAUUCAAAAAUACUUUGAUUAAUAAGGAAAGCUGCAUGCAGGUAGAGGUACUUAACACUGAAAUGGUUUUUCAUUUGAUUGUGAACUCUGUGGGGCAGGGACAAAGGUUGUACAUAAUGUAGUCAAGUACAAGGCUGCGAUUGUACUAGGACUCCUAGGCAGUAUAGUAAAACAAAUACAAAGGAAUUAACCAGUUAGAAUCAAGUUUAGUGUAUCCUUUUAGAUCAAUAAAAGUGUGACAAGGGGAAAGGAGUAUAUUAUACACCAACUGCUUUUAUUUACUUUCAGAAACCUCACAAGAUGGUAAAAAACUUUUACAACCACUUCUAAUUUAGUCUUCUGUUGUUCCCAGUCAGCUCUAAACCCAUUAUGUGUGAAGCCCAUUUAUUUACCAUGCAUCUAAAAUGAUAGAUACAGGCUAUGAAAUUCUUUAUUCUAUUGCAGCUUACGCAGGUGAAGCCAAAUACCAAGCCUCAGGACAAGUUGUACACAAACUUUACAAUGUAGAAUUUGAAUUUAAAAUAUGAAACUUAAAAUCUACACAACUGG